UGAGCACAACUUGGCAAAUUUUGUGCAAUAAACUCAAGUUUCUGAUGAAUCAAUGCAUUAUUUGAUGAAGAGCACUCAGUCAACCUGAAGAUGGUGAAGGAACAGUUCAGAGAGGCCGAUGUGGCCAAGAAAAUCCACCAGGUGACCUUCGGUCUGAUGAGUGCCGAUGAGAUGCGCAAGCAAGCUCAUGUGAAUGUCAUCAGUAAAGUGCUUUAUGAUCAAAGUGGAUCCAGAAAACCUGUCUCUUAUGGCGUGCUUGAUCAUAAAAUGGGCACCAGUGAGAAGGACAAUCUAUGUGAAACAUGUGGUAAAAAUCUCGCAGAAUGUACUGGUCACUAUGGUUACCUCGACCUUGGCCUCCCUGUCUUCCAUAUUGGUUACUUCCGCACCAUCAUCAACAUCUUACAAAAAAUAUGCAAGACCUGCAGUCACAUUCUUCUGCCAGCAGACCAGAGAAGGGGCUUCAUGGAAACGUUGAAGAGGCCCAAUAUGGGCUACCUUCAGAAGAAAGCUUUGACGAAAAAGAUUGGAGAAAAGUGCAAGAAAGUCAAAGAUUGUCCUUUCUGUGGUGCUGUAAAUGGAGUUGUAAAGAAAUGCAGCAUGCUAAAGAUUGUCCAUGAUAAGUACAGAUCGACCAAGAAGACAGAUGCAAUCGUCCAAGAGUUCAUCCACUCCUUUGAUGAUGCGGUUGAACACAAUAAAGAGAUAGAGGCCCACCUUAGUAAGACACAGGAAAUGCUUAACCCACUGAUAGUCCUCAACCUGUUCCGCACUAUCCCACAAGAUGAGCUCCCUCUAUUGUUGAUGAGUCCAGAGAGUGGUCAUCCUGAGAAUCUCAUCUUGCAGCGGAUACCUGUCUCGCCCAUCUGUAUCCGCCCAUCGGUUGUCUCAGAUCUCAAGUCAGGAACUAACGAAGAUGACAUCACUAUGAAGCUCACAGAGAUCAUCUUUUUGAAUGACGUCAUCGAGAAACAUCGAGCAUCGGGUGCUAAGAUGCAGAUGAUCAUGGAAGACUGGGACUUCCUACAGCUACAAGUCGCUCUCUUGUUUAACAGUGAGACGUCGGGAAUUCCACUUAAUAUGCAGCCUAAAAAACCAAUGAGAGGUUUCGUUCAGCGGUUAAAGGGGAAGCAAGGUCGCUUCCGUGGGAACUUGUCCGGCAAACGUGUCGACUACUCGAGCAGAACUGUGAUAUCACCUGACCCUAAUAUGCGGAUCGAUCAGGUCGCCGUCCCUGUGCAUGUGGCAAAAAUUCUUACAUACCCAGAGAAGGUUAACAAAGCCAAUGUGAAGCUCAUGAGGCAGUUGGUCAUGAAUGGUUGUGAUGUCCAUCCGGGGGCCAACUUCAUUGAAGAGAAGGGAACAAAAAUCAAAAGAUUUUUGCGAUAUGGCAAUCGCACGAAGAUUGCUCAAGAGUUGAAGUUGGGAGACACUGUGGAGAGACAUCUGAUGGACGGAGAUGUUGUGUUAUUCAAUCGCCAGCCUUCGUUACACAAACUCAGUAUUCAGGCAUUUUAUGCCAAAGUGAAGCCCCAUCGGACAUUCCGUUUUAAUGAAUGUUGUUGCGGUCCUUUCAAUGCUGAUUUUGAUGGUGAUGAGAUGAACUUGCAUCUUCCACAGACUGAGGAGGCUAAGGCUGAGGCCAUCGUACUCAUGGGGUCCAAGUCGAACAUAGUCACGCCAAGGAACGGCGAACCCCUCAUUGCUGCCAUACAGGAUUUCAUUACUGGUGCCUACCUCAUUACCCAGAAGGAUGUGUUCUUUGACCGAAACCGAGCUUGUCAAUUAAUCGCUGCCAUCCUCUCGGGGAAAGAUAUGAAUGUCAGGAUAGAUCUGCCACCACCUGCCAUAUUCAAGCCAUGUAAACUGUGGACUGGAAAACAAAUCUUCAGCUUGAUAAUCAGGCCAAAUAAUGACAGCCCUGUGCUUGCUAACCUCCGGUCUAAAGGAAAGAACUAUUCGACUGGUGAUGAUAUGUGUUACAAUGACUCGUUUGUGGUUAUGCACAAUAGUCAGCUGAUGUGUGGUGCUAUGGACAAGGCGACCUUGGGCUCGGGUUCAAAGUCAAAUAUCUUCUAUAUUUUGUUGCGAGACUAUGGCGAGGAGUGCUGUGCUGAUGCAUUGUCCAGACUGGCCAAGCUCUGUCCUGCUUACCUUAGCAAUAGGGGUUUUUCCAUUGGUAUUGGCGAUGUGACCCCAGGUAUAGGUCUGCUGACGGCAAAGCAUCAACUGCUGGAUGAGGGUUAUUCCAAGUGUAACGAGUUCAUCCAGGAUCUUGAAGAGGGGCGGUUACAGACACAGCCUGGCUGUACAGAAGAGGAGACACUGGAGGCCGUGAUCCUCCGAGAGCUCUCUGUGAUUCGAGACCGUGCCGGCCAGGCUUGCCUGAGAGAGCUGGUGAAGAGUAACGGCCCGCUGGUCAUGGCUGUGUGCGGCUCUAAAGGCUCCUUCAUCAACAUCUCACAGAUGAUAGCCUGUGUGGGUCAGCAGGCCAUCAGCGGAAAGAGAGUGCCUAAUGGAUUUGAAGAUCGAGCUUUGCCACAUUUUGAAAGAUUCUCCAAGACCCCUGCCGCUAAGGGUUUUGUUAGCAACAGUUUCUACUCUGGUCUGACCCCCACCGAGUUCUUCUUCCAUACGAUGGGUGGCAGGGAAGGUCUUGUUGAUACUGCUGUAAAAACUGCAGAGACAGGCUACAUGCAGAGGAGGUUGGUCAAGUCUCUUGAAGAUCUGUGUUCUCAGUAUGACAUGACGGUGCGUAACUCUAUGGGAGAUAUUGUUCAGUUCACAUAUGGAGGUGAUGGGCUGGACCCUGCAGCUAUGGAGGGGAAAGAUAGACCGCUAGAGUUCACUCGAGUACUUGAACAUAAUAAGGCCAAAUUCCAUCGCCUGGGCGACCUCUCACUCUCUGCAUCUCAGAUACUGGCUAUAAUGGAGGAUGAAAUGAGUGAUGGCAGUUAUAAAGAGUGUAGUGAAGAGUUGGAUGAAGAACUAAGAGCUUUCCUGAAGAACCUAGCUAUGAAUACGGAAGCUCUGCGAGCACGCUUUGCAUCCUAUCAUCUGACACCUCCAGUAAUCUAUCAACUUGAAAGAGUUACUGAAGUGCAAUUGAAAGAAUUCAUGAAGUGUUGCAAAGAGAAAUACAUGAGGGCGAAGAUCGAGCCAGGCUCGGCCGUCGGUGCCCUUGGUGCUCAGAGUAUCGGGGAACCUGGUACCCAGAUGACGCUGAAGACGUUUCAUUUUGCUGGUGUAGCGUCCAUGAACAUCACUCUAGGAGUGCCACGAAUUAAAGAGAUUAUUAAUGCCGCCAAGAACAUCAGUACACCGAUUAUUACCGCGUGUUUGGAUGUUGAUGAUGAUCAGGAGUUUGCCCGCGUCGUCAAGGGUAGGAUUGAGAAGACGAUACUUGGUGAGGUGUCUGAGUAUAUGGAAGAGGUGUUUCUGCCAGACGACUGCUUCAUUAUGGUCAAGCUGGACUUGGAGAGAAUCAAAUUGCUCAAGCUUGAGGUGUCAAUCGAUUCCAUUGUGCAGUCUAUCUGCAGUUCAAAACUGAGGAUAAAGCCUGGGCAAAUCCGCUGCCACAAUGAUAACAUAAUUUGUGUGGAGCCGGUGGAGACCAGUAAAAGCUCCAUGUACUAUGUCAUGCAGCAAUUGAAGGAAACCUUACCAAAGGUGGUAAUUAAGGGCAUCCAGCAAGUCACCAGAGCCGUCAUCCACAUCGACGAGAAGAAAGGAGGCAACACAUAUAAACUCUUAGUCGAAGGUGACAACUUGCGAUAUGUCCUUGCUACUCCUGGGGUCAACUACAGCCAGACUACAUCUAAUAACACUUUCGAAGUGGAAAAGACGUUAGGCAUUGAAGCUGCAAGGUCUACAAUCAUGAGUGAGAUCCAGUACACGAUGGUGAACCAUGGCAUGAGUAUUGAUAUCCGUCACGUCAUGCUCUUAGCUGAUCUCAUGACUUUCAGGGGUGAAGUAUUGGGUAUUACCAGACAUGGACUGGCAAAAAUGAAGGAGAGUGUACUUAUGUUGGCUUCAUUUGAGAAGACCGCAGACCACUUAUUCGAAGCAGCCUACCACGGCCAGAAAGAUGAGAUCUGCGGAGUGAGCGAGUGUAUCAUCAUGGGCAUCCCAAUGAAUAUAGGAACCGGACUAUUCAAAUUGCUACAUAAAGCUGACAGGAACACAAUCUCAAAGCCUAGGAAGCCUAUAUUCGACCAGCCAGAUUUCCACGUCCCUGAACACCGGUGAUACAGAUAGGAGGACGAUUUUAAUCACAUAGACAAUAUAAAUGGAUGUGUUAUUGUAACUGAAUGAAACAAGGACAUAAUGACGUGUGCAAUGAGGUUACCAGUCAAAGUGUCCUCAUGCCAAAACGUCCUCGGAUUGUGACAGUCAAAACGUCUUCGCUUAUCUGUGACUGAAGUCUUGCAUACUGGGAGACUUUUUGCAUUGAGAAUGUUUGACAAGACACAACAGUUGCACUGGUGGUGCAGACAUUGAAGUGAACUACAUGUACAACUUUUCCCUGCAAUGGUAGGCUCUUGUGUGCUGUGCCUGAAAUGGACUAUUGUUCAUGUUGCCUUCCCUCAAAAGUAACAACUGAAGUGGUCUAAGUCAGUAAAUGUUCAUCUUACAAGUUAUAAACAUCCCUUACAAAUAGCUUUUGACACUCAUAGACAGCAAUUAGCUUGACUAGCUCGAAAGCCAUUACAUUGUUUUGUGUCUGAAUGUACUUUAAAGUGC